GAGGCUGCAGCCGACGGCGUCCCGGGCGGGCCGGCGCGGACCAGAUACGCUCAGCCGCCAGCCUCGUUCCGGGGCGCCCGUGGGUCUCUUGGCCGGGCGAGGCCGGCGCCCGUCAGCCAAUCGGCGACAAGGGCGGCAGGCCGGGCGGACCAGCGGGGACCGGCGCUUGGCGACCGGCUAGGCGAUGGCGACCGCGAUGGCAGCGACGGCGACGGAGCGGGCGGUGCUGGAGGAGGAGUUCCGCUGGCUGUUGCACGACGAGGUGCACGCGGUGCUGAGGCAGCUGCAGGACAUCCUCAAGGAGGCCUCUCUCCGCUUCACUCUGCCGGGCUCGGGCACCGAGGGGCCCACCAAGCAGGAGAACUUCAUCCUGGGAAGCUGCGGCACAGACCAGGUGAAGGGCGUGCUGACUCUGCAAGGGGACGCCCUCAGCCAGGCGGACGUGAAUCUGAAGAUGCCCCGUAACAACCAGCUGCUGCACUUCGCCUUCCGGGAGGACAAGCAGUGGAAGCUGCAGCAGAUCCAGGAUGCCAGGAACCACGUGAGCCAAGCCAUGUACCUCCUCACCAACCGGGACAACAGCUACCAGUUUAAGACGGGGGCCGAGGUUCUCAAGCUGAUGGAUGCCGUGAUGCUGCAGCUGACCAGAGCCCGAAACCGGCUGACCACCCCGGCCACCCUCACCCUGCCUGAGAUCGCCGCCAGCGGCCUCACGCGGAUGUUCGCCCCUGCCCUGCCCUCCGACCUGCUGGUCAACGUCUACAUCAACCUCAACAAGCUCUGCCUCACCGUGUACCAGCUGCACGCACUGCAGCCCAACUCCACCAAGAACUUCCGCCCAGCUGGAGGCGCCGUGCUCCACAGCCCUGGGGCCAUGUUCGAGUGGGGCUCCCAGCGCCUGGAGGUGAGCCACGUGCACAAGGUGGAGUGCGUGAUCCCCUGGCUCAACGACGCCCUGGUCUACUUCACCGUGUCCCUGCAGCUCUGCCAGCAGCUCAAGGACAAGAUCUCCGUGUUCUCCAGCUACUGGAGCUACAGACCCUUCUGAGCACGGCGACCCAGAAGCCUGUCCCCUGGAAGGUGGCCCCCAUGCCCCCACACACUCCCCCAGAGUGCCAGCCAGAGCCAGGCACAGCGGCUGUUUUCCUUGUCUUUACCCCGUCCUGCCAACACCUCGUACCGACGGCAGCAAACUGGCAGCCCUGGGUGGAGGGGACACUGCUCUGGUGUGUUUGGGGGUCAAAAGGGUGGGGCCUGCCCUCCUGGGCGCUGUGGGCACUUUGGACUCAGGGCGGGGCGGGCCCAGGCUCUCCUUCCUGUGUCCCUUCGCUGUCCGUUGGGGGCUGAGGCUGGGUGGGGUACUCAGCUGGGAGUGGGGAGGGAAGCGGGAGCUGUAGCCCGACAGGGGCCCUUCAAGAAAUAA